AUGGGGCGGCUCCGGGCCCGCGGCCUGGUCCUGCUCGUCGCCUGCCUGGGGCUCUGCGGGGCGCGCGGGGCGCCCGAAGCAUCUUUUUAUGGUGAGAGCUACGUGGAGCUCCACAUCGUAGAAGUUUCCUCUGAGCUAUCUCUUCAAUUAAAGUUUCAAACCAGCAAGCCACGGGGGUUACUUUUCCUUGCAGCUGGGAAAAAUGACUAUUGCAUAAUAGAAGUUGUAUCAGGAACUGUACAGGUGAGAGUGAAUUGGGACACAGGUGAACAAGCACUCCUUUCUGAGCAAAGACUUCGUGUGGACAACUUGGCUUGGCAUUUGGUGGAAUUGUACUGUGUUCAGGAUAAUAUUUUCUUGGUUAUUGACAAAUAUUAUGAGACAACUGGCCAAAUAGUUGGUGGGAUACAUAAUUUCAACUUUCACCAUGGAGUCUAUGUUGGAGGCCGCCAUGGGGGACUCCAUGUCCCUUACCUAGAUGGAAAGAUCCCCAACUUCCGUGGAUGUAUGCAGGAUGUGAUGUUGAACCAGAGGGAGAUUCUGAUGUCCCUUAGAUCGUACCCUGGUUUUAAGAAGAUCCACGAGGUUUCUCUGGGAUGCAGCGAUGAGUUUUUUGCUGGGGAGGAUGAGGCCAUCAAUUUCUUUAGCUCUAGAUCCUAUGUCGCCUUUCCAGAAUGGAAGGUACAUGGAGAAGGGCUAUUAGGAUUUGCUUUGCGAACUGGAAUUCAGCAAGCCUUACUUUUAUUUCAGUCAGGUAGAGAAGAAAGUUUCGUUGCCUUGGAAAUACAUGAAGGUCGGUUGAAAGCUCAUGUAGGAAGGAGUAAAAAUAAAUCUCAGCUUUCUUCUCAUAGCUUAGUUAGUGACAACAAGUGGCAUGUUAUUCAACUCAAAUUCACGGGGAGGUAUCUACACCUUAUGGUAGAUAAAGAAAGAGUGAGGGCGCUGCUGGCUUCACAAAGCGUACCAUUUGUAUCUGAUGGCCCUCUGUUUGUGGGAGGUCUCCUUGACCAAAUGUGGGAGCAGGUGAAGAGGUUAGAGCUGGCCUCUGUGAAGUCUGCUCGAAGAAUAAUCUCUUUGAAAGGGUGCUUACGAAGCCUGGAAGCCAAUUCAGAAAAGAGAGCACUAAGGGAUGCUCUUGUUUCCAAAGACAUUUCUACUGGAUGCAAAGCGGAGGCUGUCAACAAUGCAAAUCUUUCUUGGACUACAGCAACAAGCCUGCUUCCAUCAGAAUUAUCCCAUUCCACUUCAGUCCCCCGAGCCAUCAAGCCUUUACUUCCACAGAAAAGUAGCUACGUUUUGAUUUUGAAUAACUUGGAGGUCCAAGAAGGUGGACGAGCCUUACUAGAAGAAAAGCAUAUGAUGAUGAAUGUGAAACUUAAUUUGAGUAUCAAUUAUUCUCAAAUACUAUUUAAAAUAGAGGACAUGCCUACUCAUGGGCUUCUUCAAUUAGAUGUUUCACCUCAGCAAGAAAUGGAAAAAGUUUUCACUAUGUUAGAUUUGUGGCAAGGGAAAGUGUGGUACAUACAUGAUGGUUCAGAAGGUCCUACAGAUUAUUUCACAUUUUUUAUCUAUUCCAGCACCAAGCAGGAAAUACCAUUAUAUCAGCAGGACUGUGUUCCACACGUGUUUAACAUUAUUGUCAUUCCAGUGAAUGACCCCCCGCAUCUUCAACUCCCAGAAGGUAACUUGUUUCUCCUGUUUGAGAACUCUAAAAAGCAACUGACGCCAAAUAUAAUCCAGGUGUCAGACCCGGACACUGAUUCUUUGAGUCUUAGUUUCUCAGUUCUUGGCAACUUCAAUGCAGAGGCUGGGUAUUUAGAAAAUGCCAAUGAUCCUGGGGAAAUCAUUCAUGGAUUUACCUAUUUGGAUUUAAAAAAUGGCCGUGUGUUCUAUGUGCACAGGGGUCAUCAAAACGCUCGGAUUGUUCUGAGAGCCAGUGAUGGUGAGCUAGUUAGCAAUAUCGGAGUAUUACGAGUCAUGGCUGUUCCAUGGGAUUUUGAAGUGGCCCACAGAACUGGUGUGGCUGUUCUACAGGGUGGCACUGUUCUGAUUACCCAGGGUAAUUUGUCUGUGGAGGUGAAUGGGGAGCAGCAUGAGAUGGAGACUCGUUACAUUAUUACUCAUCAACCUCAAUUUGGCCAGAUUGAGUAUCAGGGGUCAAAUGGAGAAUGGAAACAAGUUAAUACCUUUUCUCAGCACUCCAUUGACCAGAGUCAGGUCAGGUAUCAUAGUACGUUCAAAGAUCUGCAGCAAGAAAACAUUACAGAUCACUUUAAGUUUAAAGUUCAUGUAGAAGGAAAAAUGAGCAAAGAGCUCAUGUUUCCUGUGACUAUACAAUGGUUGAAGUUCACACUUCUGAAGAAUGUGCCUCUAGAGAUCAGGAAUACACAGAAACAAGUAUUAAAUGCUGAUCAUUUGCAGGCUGCAACAGAAGGUGUGGAUGUAGCCGAGAGGGAAUUACAUUUUAAGUUGCUGACCCCACCUAAGAAAGGAAACUUGCUACUUGGCAGGGAAGUUCUUAAAAGAAACUCCAUCUUCAGCCAGCAAAAUAUUACAGACUCUAAGAUAAGUUAUGAACCUCAGGAGAGGCCGAGAGAAGACUCACAGGACAGUUUCAGGUUUUUGAUUCUUGCCGAACACAUAGAAUCAAAAGAGUAUACUUUUGAGAUAAAUUUCAAGGCAAAUAAGUCACACAUUACUUUAACAAACAAAAAACUAUUUGUAAAAGAGGGAGAAAGGAAACUAAUUACAAAAUCAGAAUUGUUUGCUCAAACCUGGGACAAUCAGAGUUUCCAAUAUCAAGUCACCCAGAAUCCUCAACAUGGAAGGCUGACAUUGAUGAACUUUCUUGAGUCUCUGGAAAGUCUGGACAAUAUUACUACAUUCACUGAUCAAGACAUCUUGGGCGGACGACUCAUGUAUAUUCAUGAUGACUCUGAGACACGGUGUGAUGAAUUCUUUCUGGUGGCCUCUGCCGAACGUCCAGGCCAAGAGGGCGUGGCUGGGGAUCUUGACCCAGAGCCCUUGUCUACAGAAAUCAAAGUCAGAAUUUCUGUGGAGUUGAAGAAUGAUGAGAGGCCAGUGCGUGUAGUGGAUAAGGUAUUUCAUGUUGUGCGGGGCAGCCAGCGCUUACUGACCCUGGGCGAUCUCUGUUACCAUGACCCUGACGUAGAUUUCGAUGAUGGACAGCUGCUGUACAUUCGACGAGGCAUUCCCAAUGGGGACUUGGUCCGAGCCAGCCACCCCAUGCAAAAGCUCUACCAGUUCCGGCAGGAGGACCUGCAGGAAGGGCGAGUGCUCUUCAAGCACCAAGGGGCUGACUCUGCCCGCUUUGUGCUGUUUGUGACAGAUGGUGUCCAUUACACACCAUCCCUUCUUGAGGUCAGUGUGUCAGAGCCCUAUGUCCGCGUAGCCAGCAACACAGGGCUGCUGGUACAGAGGGGAAAAGUCAGUUAUAUCACCACAGCAAACCUGAGUGUCACCACAAAUCAAGAUGUGCGAACAGAUCUGGAGGUAGAGUUUCAUGUCGUGGGGCCUCCAAAGCAUGGCAGAGUCCUGGUCAACGAUUCUGUAUCCUACUUGUUUUCCCAACGUGACCUGAAGCAGAGAUGUGUGAUGUAUAAGCACGAUGGUGGUGGCAACGUUGACAUAUUCAACCUGUCAGUGAGAGUUAAAGAUAUAGACUUGGAAGUGGGGAUCCACGUGUCUUUGGAAGAUCAUCAGCAGCUAGCUCAGAUUCUGCACAGCAAGACCUUUGUAGUUGAAGAAGGAAAAUCUAUCAAAUUGAGCUUUCAGGCUGGGAACAAAGACAAUCUUCCUUCAGAACUAGUGUUCAUAGUCAGAACUCCACCUAUGUUUGGAUAUCUCCAGAAAUCUACACAAGAAGGCAACGACAUGGGUACAGAUGCAAAAUUCCUUUUGAGUUUUACCCAACAGGACAUGGAUGAUGGCAUUAUCCUUUAUGUACAGACAGAUCCUGGCCAACAACAGGAUCACAUUUUUCUGGAUGUGACUGCUGGUCCCCAUGUGUUAAGUGAAGUAGAAAUCCUGUUGGACAUCAUCCCCAAGUGGAUUCCCCUGGAGGUACAGAACUUUACAGUUCUAGAAGGUGGAUCCAGGGCACUUCUGAAAGACUACCUCAAAAUUCCUGGCAAAUACUUUGAGACAGUUGACUGUGAAUUUGUUCUACUUGAACCACCAAGACAUGGAAAUGUCGAAAGUUCUAAUUUUCCAAGAGAGAAGUUAAUGAAAUUUACCAGGAAACAGGUGGAAAAAGAAUUGAUUUAUUAUGUUCAUGAUGAUAGUGAGGAGCUUCUGGACAAUUUCACCAUCUUUGCAAAUAGCUCAGCACUUAGGAAACAGAGUAUACCUCAAACUAUCUUUGUGACUGUUGAAUCUGUAAAUGAUGAAGCUCCAGUAAUAACAGCCAAUAAAGUCCUCCAGGUGUGGGUGAAUUCAGUCACAGAGAUGACCAGAGGUGACCUGUGUGCAGAAGAUGAGGACUCCUCCCCGCAGGACCUGGUCUACUGGGUUACUCCACCCAGUAAUGGGCAUCUGGCUCUCAAGUUCCUUCCCAGUCAAAGCAUCCAGAACUUCACCCAGGCUCAAAUCAAUGAGGGCCAACUAGUGUUUGUACAUGCCGGAGCAAUGUCAGGAGGUUUUAAUUUUCAGGUUACUGAUGGAUUGAACCUUGCACCUCGACAAAUCUUUAGCAUCACCGCUCGAGCUCUGAUCAUUAGCUUAGAAAUAAACAGAGGUUUAAGCAUCUUUCCAGGAUCUACAAAGCCUCUUUCAUCUCGUGACCUGAAAGCUGUGACCAAUGACGAAAGUGCAGGAAACAGAACUGUAACUUUCACAGUCGUAAGUUCCCCUAGUCUUGGGAGGUUGCUGAGAAUGAACGCUGACAAUAGCACUGAAGAUGUUUCCAUUUUUACCCAAUAUCUGGUCAAUGAAGGGCUAAUAUUAUAUCAGCACAUGGCUCAUGAGAACACAGGUUGGACUGUGGAAGAUUCAUUCACAUUCACAAUGUCCUCUCCACCAGCAGUUCUGGGUCCUGAAGAGUUCCAUAUUACCAUUUCAUAUGAAAUUAAUGAGCCUGGUUGGCAGAGCCAUCUGUUUGCAAAUACAGGAGCUACUGUCAAGGAGGGAGACAAAGUUCUCAUUGACCAGUCUAAGUUAGAUGCUUCCAACCUCUUACUCCAAUUACCUGAACUUCAGCGCUCUUCCUAUGAAAUCUGGUACCAAGUUACAUCCCUUCCUUACCACGGGACCAUUAUGGUUGGAGAAAGAAACAUCACCAAAGGAAAACCCAAUUUCUCCCAGUAUAUAAUUAAUGAAUUUGGGAUCCUAUACCUUCAUGAUGACUCUGAAUCACUGACUGAUAACUUUACCUUUGCCGUUUGGCCAAACCAAAAAAGCAAGUCCAUCACCAAGCCAGAGGGCAACUGUCUUGAAGAGAUGUUUAAGAUCACCAUUUUUCCUGUCAAUGACCAGGCACCAGAAUUAAAGACAAAAGGGCUUCGGUUGGAAGUUCUGCAGGGCAGUAGGUUGGUUGUGGGACCUGAAAUCCUAAAAGUGGAAGAUCUAGACAGUCCUUCAAAUGAAAUCAGGUAUAUGAUCAUCCAUAAUCCCAACAAUGGCUUUUUGGCGAUGGCUGACCAUCUAGAUGUGCCUGUUCACCAUUUUACACAAGCUGAUAUUGAUAACUCUCAGGUGUGGUUCAUACAAGAUGGAAGACCAUGUUCUGGAGUGUUCUACUUUAGUGUGACUGAUGGAAAACACCGCCCUCUCUACAAGCUGUUCCAUUUGGAUGUCAUUCCCAUCUCCAUCACCCUUGUGAACCUCACAGAUCUACUUCUUCCACAAGGUCAGACAACUGUCCCUAUCACCAGUGCUCACAUAUCAGCAGUGACCAAUGGGAACAGCUCCCAUAUAAUCUACAGAAUGACAUGGCCACUCCAACAUGGGCAACUGCUGAUUGAAAACCAGGUGGUCACUAAUUUUGGACAGGAGGAUUUAGAUUUGGGAAGACUCUUUUACCAUAUGACAAAUCUCACAGCUUCAGAGGACCAGCUACACUUCUCAUUGUUUACAUCAGAAAGCAACCUGACAGGACAAACACUGGGCAUUAGAGUGCAGCCUCUACUGUGGGUUACAUCAAACCUGAAAAUUGUCAACAGAAUAGCCCAUCAGCUGAGGAGACAAGACCUCAGUGCAACUGAGCUUGCUAAUCUGACUAACAGUGAUCCUACAUUUGAAGUGACAGAACCCCCUGUGCAUGGAAGACUUAUGCGAAGAGUGGUUCACAGCAAUAUGGCAGAAGAUGCCACUCUGUUCACUCAGAAAGACAUUGACCAGGGGCUGUUGGUGCUAGAAUCAUGUGCUAAUCUAACAGGCACUGAUAUGCUAAAUGACUCUUUUAUUUUCGUGCUCAGGGCCGACUCUGUACAACCAGCAAUAGGUUAUCUCCCCUUCACCAUUGUGCCACCUGAUCCCUCACUUUUGCAAAGCAUGACGACAGAUGUUCCUUUAUUGCUCACUGGAGAUAACCUUGUAACCUCAGUUUUCUCUGAGAAACAGCCUGUGGUUUCUUCAGAAGCCAUGACACAGAUAGAACCUCUGGGGAAUCUGACCCAGACCAGAUGGCAGGGAGCAGAACCCUGGGGGCAGCACAAUGGCAAAGAGCCAAGUGUGAAUGACAAGGUCUCUCCCACCAGGAUCAUUUGGUUACCAGCUGCCACCAAAAUCAACCCUGGGGCAUCCACUCAGCCCAGGGAGAGCAGUUACCCUCCAAUGGUUGUCAUACCCCUGACUGCUGCAUUCCUCCUGCUAAUAGUUACUGUAGUGGCCUUGUGUGUCUGGUUGCUGGGCCGGAAAGAAGAGACGGCAAAACCCCUACUUGAACCCCAGCUCAACCUAGAGCCCACAACCCCUAGCUGCAGACCAGAAAGGAGUGUAAGCAUUCCCACUGUCAUAGUGACGCCCCUUCUAAGAAGUCCCAGCAGUCCCCCAGCCAGUCUGUUCAGUGUCCCACAAUGUGAGCAAAUGGCUUACCCAGCAGCUGAGCCAAUGGAAAAAUGUGCUACUUGGGAGUCAUGGGUGAACCUGGAUCCGGAUAUGGCCAAACUCUGCCGACAAACCAACCCGACACUGAAACACAACCAGUAUUGGGUGUAGACGGAGGCUCUUCUUUCUUAUUGACUACCUAUUGUGUUUCAGGCAGUAGGAUAGGCAGAACAAUACAGAAAUGCUGGUUGAAGCAAAGAAAGCCAGGCCCUACUAUUCCCACUCAGUGCUCAGACAUAGCCUUGUGGAUAGGUAGUCAUUUGACUCUCUGGUCAGCUUUGCAUAGUGGGCAUUGCAUACUUUUCUCUAUAUCAGACUUGUAUACUUAAGUUUUUGUAAGUAUUUCAACCAUUUACUAAGGUGGUACUGAACAUGGUGGCCCCACUGAGAACAGCAAUAUUAACUUGGGAUACAGAGUUUAAAAAGUGAGGCUUUGGGUAUUUUCCAUAGAGUAUUUUCUGCAUUAGUCAACAGGAAGUAUAAGAAUUGUCUCAGCAGCAGAUGUGAUUUAUAACAUCAAUGUGUUUGCCAAUGUAAUGUUUAUCUGCAAUGUCUUUUCCUCCUUGGACCCCCCUUCCCAUCCCCGGGUUUGGUUUCCCUAAUGCAGGAAAUGACUUGCUGCUCCAGAAAGUGAGACAGUCUGACCUUCUUCGAAGCUCUUCACUGAAUCUAUCGUGUUUCCUCAAGAGAAUUGUCUAUUCAGAUGGUUAAAACCAAGCUGAGUUUAGUAGAAAUAUUAUUUGAUGCCCUAAAGGACAGAAAAGUUUGCCUUUCCUUUACAAUGAAUUGAAGUGACAAGUUUGUGUUUGUAUUUGGAUUGCCUAAUUGAGCCUGACAUUUGUUGACUAAGCAUUAAUUUGUGUAACUAUAAAAUGAAGAUAUUAGUACUUGUAUUAGGAAUGCUAUAGGCUGAAAAUCACAAGACAUCCACUAUAAAUGUUUUAGAUUGGGGGUUGGCAACGUUUUUUCUGAAACAUAGUCAAGAUUUUAGGCUCAAUGGGUCACAUAUGGACUCUGUCAGCAAUUAUUUUUUAUUUUAUUUUAUUGUAAAGAUG